AUGGACACCACACAAUCCCAACCCCAACCUCUGGCCGACCGCCCUACAAACACCCACCUCGCCAACACAGACAAGACAGACGUAAAGGGUGCCGAUAUCUCAUCGAUGGAGUACCACCGCCAGGUCUUGCAGGGCAAGGUAGCAGGCGAAGAACAACCCACCGCCUAUGUCUCGCCAUCAGAUGAUAUCAUGAGUCCCUGCACGAAGAAGCUGAGUGAUAUCAAGGGAAAGCGCUUUAAGAAUGCCGGCAAGCCCCAGUCUCUCUUUGCUAAGCUUGGCAAGAAGAGUUACGAGCAGUCGGCUGAACAGGGCCGAACUGCCAAUGCCGAAUAA